GGCCGCGGAGGAGGAGGGCGGAGAGAGAGAGGAAGGGAGGGAGGAAGGGGAAUCUUUCCCCCCAGCCUAUGGAGCCGAGCAGCCCUGACGUUUCUCCUCCCAGAUGCUUAUAAAGGGGCUGGGGCGGACGGUGCCCCUUCCUUUCCUCCAGCAUUUCCUCAAGAGCGCAGCGGGAGAGGAAGGGAGAGUGAAAGAGAGCGCGCAGCCAGGAGCGCAUCGACGGGGCGGGUUGGAUCUGCUUGGCACUUCCUUCUCCGGAUUUUCGGCUGGAGAGGAGAGGAGGGAAGUCAGGGAGUAAAGGGCCCCGUUCCCAGGAUGACUUCCACGCCGGUUUCCAACUGGAGCGGCGCCGACUGGCUCCCCUGGCACAACGGCAGCCUCCCGCCUCCCCCAGCGUCCAACUUCUCCAACCAGUUCGCCCAGCCCUCGUGGUGCAUCGCGCUCUGGUCGCUGGCGUACGGGCUGGUGGUGGCGGUGGCUGUCUUUGGCAACCUGGUGGUCAUCUGGAUCAUCCUGGCCCACAAGCGCAUGCGGACGGUGACCAACUCCUUCCUGGUCAACCUGGCUUUCUCCGACGCCUCGGUGGCCGCCUUCAACACGCUGGUCAACUUCCUCUACGCCCUGCACAGCCAGUGGUACUUCGGGGAGGCCUACUGCCGCUUCCAGAACUUCUUCCCCAUCACCGCCGUCUUCGCCAGCAUCUACUCCAUGACCGUCAUUGCCGUGGACCGAUACAUGGCCAUUAUCGAUCCUUUGAAGCCCAGACUUUCUGCCACUGCAACCAAAGUGGUCAUUGCAAGCAUAUGGAUCCUGGCAUUCCUACUUGCUUUUCCUCAGUGUCUUUUUUCAAAGACUAAAGUGAUGCCUGGAAGAACUCUGUGCUACGUUUUCUGGCCAGGUGGUAUGCGACAGCGUUUUCUGUACCACGUCAUUGUGAUUGCACUGGUCUAUUGUUUCCCACUGCUUGUCAUGGGCAUCACAUAUACAAUUGUUGGAAUAACCCUUUGGGGUGGAGAGAUCCCAGGCGACACAUCUGACAAAUAUCAUGAACAGCUGAAAGCAAAACGGAAGGUGGUGAAAAUGAUGAUUGUUGUUGUCCUGACGUUUGCAGUCUGCUGGUUGCCAUAUCACAUUUACUUUAUAGUUACUGGGAUCUAUGAGAAUUUGAACCGGUGGAAGUAUAUUCAGCAAAUCUACCUGGCCACGUUUUGGCUGGCCAUGAGUUCUACCAUGUACAACCCCAUCAUCUACUGUUGUCUCAAUAAAAGGUUCCGAGCUGGUUUCAAGAGAGCUUUCAAAUGGUGUCCUUUCAUUGAAGUAUCUAGUUAUGAUGAAUUGGAGUUAAAGACAACCAGGUUCAAUCCUACCCGGCAGAGUAGCUUAUAUACCGUUUCCAGAAUGGAAUCCAGCAUGUCUGUAGUGUAUGACCACAGUGAUGGAGAAAACACCAGAUCCAACCGCAAGAAGGGAGUACCUUCACAGGAAGCUAAUCUUAAUGGCUAUUCCCGCAGAAGUUCCAAAGCCACUUCAACAGUGUCAAGUUACAUCAACUCUCCAUAUACAUCAGUGGACGAGUAUUCCUAAAACUUUAAGAGAAUCAUGUUAUGGAUGUGAGAGGACAAAUAAAUGAGACAGUGCUGUUCUGCCUUAGACUUCUGGAGGUGAACCACAUCUUCAGAUGUUGAGUCCUGAUUGCAUGUGUAUAUAACUAUUUAUAUCAGGGAUGUGAAAUGAAACCCCCUUUCGAUGUUGUUGGACUGCAGCUCCCACAAUUCCUCACCAUUGGCUAAAGGUAAUGGAAACUGCAACCCAACAACAUCAGCAGAGGGUGGGACCACAAGUUGAUCAUGCAAAGUCUUCUGUGGUUUAAUUUGUCUUCAUGCUUUAGGAAAGGCAAAGACUGAGACCUGUUAAUGUCCAUAUAAUUACAUAGUGACAUGUAGUCAAUUUGAAUGCUUGUGUGAAAUUGUGCAUAAUGGGUUGGAUUCAGAACAAUUUAGAGUUCUCCAAAAUCUGUUCAUAAAGUGGGUUCUGACUAAUUUUAUAGUCACCUUUAUUGCUCAUUUGAUCUGGAUGCAAGCCAAUAAAAUCACAUUAUGUACGAUGGACAUUUUAUCUGGAGAUACGAUGCCCAAUAAUAGCUCUUGCACUUGCUUGGUUUUACAUGGUAUGUGUUAGAAUGGCAUCAAAGUUCUACCAGUAUCAGGUUUAUUUUUAAUAUUUAAUGUGUGACAACAUUUUUAAAUCAUCAUAACUAGCAAAAUGUUACUUCCCUUCCACACUAUUGGAUAUAAGGAGAACUACAUCUUCUAAUAUAAUGGCUGUUAUUUUUCUGCAUAGCUUCUUCCAGUUACCAGAAUACACUCUAUGUUAAGGUGAUUGAAUUCAACCAUUUCCAUAAAGGUUCCUCCCAUCGAUGCCUCCUUUAUUUCAUUCUCCAUUCCAAGGUCACCAACGGUAUUUUGAGUAAAAGCAGAUCAAUUUUAUGUCUCCAGCAUUCAAUACUUUAGACAAAAAUGUAUGUGCCAUCAGAUUAUGAGGGAUGAAGUCCAUGAUGCUCAUGUGAUACCUUCAGUAUGAGUCUCUAGCAAGAUGAAGUCACAGAGUAAUGGCCACAGAUGCCUGCACAAUGCCUUAAGAGAAAGAGCAUGCAGUGGUUGCUUGAGACAUUUAGAAUUUCUUCAAAUGGACUUGUCUUGCUGCAUCCACAAACAAAAGUAGUUGUUAAUCCAUAACAGCAAUUCACACAAAAUAUGUCAGAAGAAAAUGGACUAUCAUACUCAUGGUAGAUCAUCAAUAGGCACCAGUGCCUGGACAGAUAAUACUGAAAAGGUGGGCUGUGGUCCACAUACAAAUGUGCCAUAAUUUAAUAGUCUUUGAGAUGCCAUAAGACUCCUUGUUGUUUUUCUCCUCCAUCAUUGCAUCUGCAGCAGUGAAUGUAUGGAGAAAUUCUGAACGUCUGAAAUAUUCCUAUGUGUAUCAGCAUGUGCUUGUACUGAUGUGAAUUUCUAAAUAAUUAGAUGUAUAUAUUAAAGGUGGGGGAAAGUGAUGGUGAAUGUAUUCACCUUGCAGACUAAGAGAAGAAAAUCAUUUUUAGCAUAAUGAACUCAUUUGUUCUGCUGAUGUCUUUUUCAGGAGCUUCAGUUCUAGAUAGUAAGAUUUAUUUUUCAACUCAAGAUAGAAUGCUAUUAGCUGGUGCAAUAUGUAGAAACAGUCCAUAUUCAUUCUGCUUCAUGUCUUCCAUCUCCUCCUUUAGAGGAAAACAGCCAGUAUCCAGGAUUCAAUUGAAUUGUGGAUUACCCCACUCCCCCUGCAAAUAUCCUGACAAGAUAUUUUCUAGGUGGGCUUAAACUUUGUAGCAGGAGAAAGAGAGGGGAGAAAAGUCUUAAAGCAUUAGUAGAUUAACAUUAGUGUGGCAUUGGUUGUAGGCAUUUGACUUUCAAAUGGCUGCAUUGGUUGGCAGAGAGACAGGAAGGGAGGAUAGAUUCUGGACUGUGGAUGUUCAAGAUCCAGAUGGCAGCCCUCUGCAAGGUGACUGGUUCAACGUUUAGCCAGGGUUAAACACUGUCACCUAUCUUGCCCUGGUAGCAAAGAGAGAUGAUUAGGUUGAUUUGCUGGGAUGUCUAGGUUAUUGUGGUGUAAUCCAGGCAUGGAUAAUAGAUAUGGGAGCCAAUUGUUUCUCUUUGGACCUCUUGUUGACUUUUGGUGAUUACAGCAUUCUUUAAGUGCUUUACAGACUGUAUGUUUUAAAAGCUCCUCUAGAAUCCUUCCUAGCAUUGAUGUUAGACUUCUUUUUCAUGUCAGGAGUGACUUGAGAAACUGCAGGUCGCUUCUGGUGUGAGAGAAUUGGCAGUCUGCAAGGAUGUUGCCCAGGGGACGCCCAGGAGGCUUGUGGGAGGCUUCUCUCGUGUCCCCACAUGGGGAGCUGGAGCUGAAAGAGGGAGCUCAUCCACACUCUCCCUGGAUUCGAACUAGCAACCUUCAGGUCAGCAACCCAACCUUCAGGUUAGCAGUCCUGCCGGCACAAGGGUUUUAACCCCUUGUGCCAACGGGGGCUCCUACGAUGUUAGACUGACUCGGCAGUAAUUGUUUGGGUUGCCCUUCUUUCUGAAGAUGGGAACAAUGUUUGCCCUUCUCCAGUCCGCUGAGAUUUCUCCAUUCUACAGGAAUUCUCAAAGGUUAUUGCCAGUGCUUCUGAGAUUACAUCUGCCAGGCUCCCGCCAUUGGUGUAAUUCAACAUUAUUCAUACGGCUUACCACAUCAGUAACAAGGCAUCUAUUUCAGUGAAGAGUGUUUCUAAUGCUUUUGAUGUUUUCAAUCUUCUGUGGCUUUCAAGCAGAUCAGCAAACCUGCAAGUAUUUGUGCCAAACGUAUUGGUUCAGAUUGCUCAAUUUGUAACAGACUAUUGUAAAGAACAGCACUUAAGGCCCUAUAUUAAGGCAAUUUGUUCCAGCCAUCAAAUGUAACUCACCAGCUGCCCUCAAAGUCCAGAGGACACUGAAUUCAGAAGAGCAUGUUUUACAAGUAAAGUCAUAAACAUGAAUGUGUAUACAUUGCAAGGGCAUUUUUUCACUGAAUUUCAGACAGUUUUGUUUAGACAGGUUUCAUAUUACAAUAUUUUGUAAAGUAUGUGUAUUUUCAAAUGUGAAACAUGUAAAAAGAAUGAGAAAUAAAAUUCUGUGUCUUAUA